AUGUGGUACAGCUUUCUGCUGGUAUCUUUGGCCAACCUGGCUACAGGAUUCGCUCCUGCACCAGUUCCGCCAGAGUCUGUUUGCGCCUGUAUCCCAGUCGCCACCCCAACAUCAAUAUUGACGGUGCCUUUCACAGAGACUAGCACAUUACAAAUGGUAGCUACCUUUACGGUCGUUUUCGUGGAGUCGACUGUCACCGUGACGGUGGCUUCUGUUCCUUAUACACCCAGCACUAGUCUCUAUACACAAACGGUGUCAUGCCUCCCUAGUGCUGGCACUCAGAGCUCUUUCACUCUGCCCACCGCGCUUCAGAGGAAACGGAACCUGGAAAACCGCAACUAUGCCGUGAAGCCGAAGACCUCCACGAGCAGUACGAAGGCAACGUCCACCUUGUCGGUGAAACCUAUCAUCUCGAGCUCUACUACGCGUUUACCCGGCUCGUCCAGUACUAGAUCUACGUCAAUAACGAGCAGUGGCAAGGGAUCAUCCACUUCGUCGGUAAACCCUAUCAUCUCGAGCUCUACCACGCGUUCAUCCAACUCUCCUAGUACCAAGUCCACAACAAUUACGAGCAAGAGCACAUCCACAACUUCUACAAGAUCUUCAACCAGUAGUACCUCAUUCAGUAGUUCUACCAGCACCAUAAAGCCGACAUCCUCAGGACAAAGCACCUCUAAGCCACCGUCAGAAAGCUCUUCGUCCACGGGAUUCGAGACGUUUCCGCCACGAACUGCCUGCUCCGAUCUCGUCCCGUCUGGGUAUACGGCAGCCAUAUCUUCUGCGUGUUCCUCCUUGGGCUUGUUACCACAGCCAACGACCAGAACUGUGGUUCAGAGCGAAACAACAACCAUCGUCGGGCCGGUAGGUGAAGUCAGCACCAUCACGUCUGUGGGCAGCACAAAGACUGUAACAGUCACCUCUGCUACUAUCGGCACAAGCACUGGCCUAUUCGUGACUGCACCAGCUACGGUAACUACAACAGUCAACGGGGCAACGAUCAUACCCACCGGCAUCAACUUCCACUAUGCCAGCAACGUCAACUACGGCGAUACAAUUUCCGCGACAGCUGCGGCUGUGAACAGUCUUCGCAACAACACGUCGGCUUUCACCUUCUCCAACACGAUCAUCAACCUUGACUUCGGCCCCGAAUUACAAUUUGUCGGCGAUAGGAGCGAAAUGCUCUUCCGUAAGACUGGGACAAGACUACCGACCAACAACUACGCGAUAAUACAACAGGGCUACUUCUAUGCCAAUAGUUCCUUCCCACGAGUCAUCAACAUCGACACCUUCUUUCUCUUCUCAUCCAAUUCGUUCAGCGUCGUGUGGACCGGGAACAAGUCCCUCGCCAACAAUUGGACUUGGGAAAACCGGGACGAUGCCAUGUUCUUCUAUGGAAUCAAACCACCGGGCGAUGGCAUCCGCCAGGACCGCCCGAUUGGGAACAGGACGUACAUCAUACCUCCUCACGAGGCCUUGCCCUUCACCAUAUUGUGGGGCCAGAACAGCGGUUCUGCCAUACCAGAAUACAGUUAUUAUCUCAGUGGUGCUCAAUUAAUUGGAGAUUGCGGAGGUAACUUCAUUCCCUGA